AUGUUGAUCCGAAGCUUAAGCACUUUCGGUGGAGCGGCUAAAACAUUCGCGAAAGUUAUACCGAACAAUUUGAAGGGUAAAAGCAAAAGCUCCCAAGAAUGGCUCACCAGGCAGCUGCGGGAUCCGUACGUGGAACGUGCAAAAAUGAUGAACUAUAGGUGCCGAAGCGCAUUCAAGCUGCUGGAAGUAGACCAAAAAUAUGGCCUCAUAAAACCGGGCUUUACUGUGAUUGAUUGUGGCGCGGCACCCGGUUCCUGGACACAAAUCGCCGUAAAACAUUCAAACGCCGACGGUGGAAUUGCUGGCAAACCGAAAGGCAUGGUUGUUGGUGUGGAUCUUCUUCAGAUAUAUCCAAUAGAGCAUGCGAUUCUGUUCGGCAAUAGUGACUUCUUGCGCAAGGAAACACAGGACAAAAUUCGCACCAGUCUCGGUGAUCGACGGGUUGAUUGCGUUCUGUCCGAUAUGGCACCGAACGCAUCCGGCGUACGGGCGUUAGAUCAGGAAAACAUAACAACCUUAUGCUACACAGUCCUACGCUUUGCGAUACUAAUGUCCACACCGAAUGCUUCCCUGCUGAUGAAGGUGUGGGACAAUGGGGAAGUACCUAAGCUGGAGAAAAGCAUACUGGAGUAUUACCAAACGGUGAAACGAGUGAAACCACGUGCGAGUCGUGAUGAUUCGGCGGAGAAUUUCAUCUUAGCGCGUGGCUUUGUAGGUAUAGAAAGGUGA